AACCCUUCCUUCCCGUCUUUUGUAGUCAAGGAAGAUGGCGCCUACACAUGUACUGAGGUGCUGUCAGAGAGGUCUUGCGUGGAUACCGGUGAUAUUUAUUGCCUUAGUGGUGUGCUGGUCUUAUUAUGCGUACGUGGUGGAGCUGUGUCUAUUUACUAUUUCCAGCACUGGUGAAAAAAUCAUCUACCUAGUUGUCUUUCACCUGUCGUUCAUCAUGUUUGUGUGGUCUUACUGGAAAACCAUUUUUACUAGACCAGCCAACCCUUCCAAAGAGUUUUGCCUACCCAAAGCGGAGAAGGAGCAGUAUGAGACCGAACAGCGGCCAGAGACUCAGCAGGAGAUCCUGAAGAGAGUGGCCAGCAGUCUGCCCGUCUAUACCCGCACUGGGGCUGGAGUUGCUCGUUACUGUGACCGCUGCCAAGUGAUCAAACCAGACAGAUGUCAUCAUUGUUCUGCAUGUGACAUGUGUGUACUGAAGAUGGAUCACCACUGUCCAUGGGUAAAUAAUUGUGUGGGAUUCUCCAACUACAAGUUCUUCAUCCUGUUCCUGACUUACUCGCUUGUUUACUGCUUAUUCAUUGCAGCCUCUGUCCUACAAUACUUCAUAAAGUUCUGGACACUUUGCCGGAGGAAAUCGGCAGAGAAUUGUCCAAAGACUGACCUGCCAGAGUCUCACGCCAAAUUCCAUGUCUUGUUUCUCUUUUUUGUGGCGGCCAUGUUCUGCAUCAGCAUCCUUUCACUCUUCACUUACCACUUGUGGCUUGUGGGAAAAAACAGGUCCACCAUAGAAGCGUUCAGAGCUCCAAUCUUUAGAAACGGCCCUGAUAAAAAUGGAUUCUCCCUGGGCUUCAGCAAGAAUAUUGCUCAAGUGUUUGGGGACCAGAAAAAGUACUGGCUACUUCCUGUCUUUACCAGUCAGGGAGACGGCCUCUCUUUUCCUACACGGUUGGUCACUAUUGAUCCAGAGCAGCCCACUGAAUGUCUCCAGCAUGAUGUUUCGGAUAAAGGAGCUGUAGAUGGAUCUGCUGAGCAAUGUAGGCCUUUUAGUGAAUCACAAAACCAUCUGCUUGGCAACGAUUACCACAGUGAAGGAGAUCACAAAAAGAUAGAAAUCGUAAUGUUAGAUGAGAGUGAAGCCAUCUCCUUUGAGAGCAAAUCAUAGCCAGGACUGAAGCUGGUGUGGAGUGAGUCCUCAGUGGUUUCGUGCCUUUGACUCCCAGUACUGGGGACUGUUGAGGAGAAUCACAGCCAUCAAAGCUGAUGCCUUAAACAGCUCUUUUCUCUUUAAACUUUCCUACAUCCAUCGCUUUUGGAAAGUCCCAAAUCACUCCUUUACAUCAAGUUUGUAAAAUUGCUCUCAACCCUCAUUCCGGCGUUGCAGCAUCAUUCUUUUAACACAGAGAUUUGCACACCUGACAUUUUGCAUCUAUCUUUUUGCACAGCAAACUGUUUCUUUCCUUCACAGACCUACAAGACUUCUCAACUACAGAAUUUUCAACCAUGCAUGAGAUUUGAUACAGAUAUAAAUGUUCAAACUGUCCCCUAAGUGUUUACCAAGAAACACACCAGUGCUGCUCUUCAAUCCUGAGUCAACACGAUAGAGCUGUCAAGAUAUGGCACCAACUGCGAUUUACAAGGAGGGCAAUGGAAUCUUUUUCUUCUAGAUCUGUACCAAGAGAAAGGUCUGACUGAGCUUGUCUGGAAUCCAGUGUGCUACAGAAUAAGUGUUGAUGUUUAAGGGUAGAAGAACAUUGUGGAACAGAAGAUGGCUCAUUCACACUUCUAAAGAAUUUUUUUUGGAAUGUUUUCCCUUUGUAAACUCCAUUCGGUUCUUUUUUUUAAAGAUAUAAAUACAAGUUUACACAGUUCAACAGUGUGCCGGGGCAUUAGACACCCACAAAAGACUAAAACAAUACUAAUUGUAUAGUGUUUUUUCUUUUUUUCAUUGUUUUGAGAUGAUUCGGGUGUGAAAUGUUGUACACAUGUUGGCCACUUUACAUAUGCCAAAUAAAGGGCUUAAUACCAUAGCCCUGUGUUUACAAAAUGUUGGUAAUACCUCUCUGCUGUCACUGUGUAGCCAGUGUCACAUUGGAAACCAAAUGAAACUGCUGUGGUGUGAAGCCCACUAAACUUUGUAGGUUCCUCCUGCGGUUUUAGAACUGGCCGGUGCACUUACAACACUAUAAUACAGGAUUACAGAGCCAGGUAUCUUUGGUAUUUUAUCACCAGACUAUACGUUCAUCUCAAUCCUCAAUGCAUUGUUUUUUCUUUGUCUUUCUAUUUUUCUAUACAUACAUGUUGUUAAUAGCUGUUCUUGUAUUCUUUUGAUUCAGAAUAUACAUUUUAGCAAGUGCUUUGGUAAAGCAGUAAAAGUGAUUUGUUCUUUUUGUGCGUUUAUACUUGUUGUAAACCUUGUUGAGUUGGAACACAGUGUUAAAUAAUUGUACACGUCAGCCAUGACUGUUGAAUGAGCUGGUGUGGUAAUCCAGAUGUGUAUUUAUGUGCUACAAAGUAAACCGCAGUGAUUGCUGCCUUGUGUACUUUGUUUGUGUUCUGAUGUAUAGAAGAACUGCCUCGACAAAUCAAGAGAUGCAGGCACAAGAGUGUUACUGUUCUAAAGUGUUUGAUGAACAUGCUGUUUAACUUUGUAAAAAUGAAUGUAAAAUGAGGGUAAAACAAGUAAAUACAACAUUAAAAAGAGGAAACGACAGGAAACUAAUCUUAAGAUAAUCUUUAUUGUUAUCAGUCAAAUUUAUGGCAGCAUUUAUGGAAAACUUUAGUGUCUCAGAUCUGACAUAGUUUUGAUUUUAAGCAUUAUCUGAGUGGAGAGGGUGAUGCCUCACCCAGUUGUGAAAUUCGUUCAUCCUUGACUCGCAUUCAUGUUUUUCCAAACUAGUAUGACUUGCUUUCCAUCUAAUGAGAUGUUAGACAGAAUGACUGCCUCAUUCACCACUCAAUUUCACUGUAAGGAGAAAAACAAAUGCUUUAAAGUGAAUGCUGACUGGGGUUAACGUAAUGCCUAACAUAUGUUUUUCUGUUCCAUGGAAUAAUAAAAGUCAUAUUGAUUUUGGAAUGACAUGAGGGUGAAUAAAUGAUGACAGAAUGAUAGAUCUAUACUUUUAAAGAAACAUUUCUGUCAAACUCAAGGCAUUUGUGGCAUAAUGUUAAUUAUCACAAUCAUUAUUUUCAACUCGUCUUUAAAAAAGAAAAUAAAAAAUGUUGUUUACAGUGACGCACUUUCAAUGGGGCCAAUUUUUGCAAAGAUUUAAAGGCAGAAAUGAAAAGCUUAUAAUUUUAUAAAAGCACUUACAUUAAUCCUUCUGUUAAAACUUGUGUAUUAUUUGAGCUGUAAACUUAUUUAAAUAAUGUUUUUUAUGGUCAUUUUAUGUCAACAUUACAACGAAUUGGCAAUAAAGUUUAAAGGUGAUUUUAUAAUGCUAAAAUCAUGUUAACAACAUAUUGUUUACGUCUUGUAGCUAUUUUAAUGUUUAUGGACUGGCCCAUUCACCUCCAUUGCAAGUGCCUCACUGUAACCGAGAUUUGUGCUUUUUUUUUUUAUAUAUAUAGAAAAGGAGGGGCAAGUCAAAAUUCAUUCUUGUGGUAAUCAACAUUAUACUACAAAUGCUGAUGAUUGAUCUUAACUUGUAUUAAUCACAGAAUAUUCCUUAAAGCAGACAUUUGUGACUGUUUAAGUGCUGAGAAAAUCAUGCUAAUUUAUUUACAUAUAUGUAAAACAAAGCAUUUACCAUCAUUGAUAAUACAUCAACUUAGUUAGCACACUCUCUCUUCUGGCUGGUUACCAAUAAUGCAGAUUUUUCUAUGUAAAAUGGUAUAGUUGUUUUUUGUGUUAAGGCCCUUGUGGUACAGAAUGCUCUUUUGAAAAGCCAUCUUAUAUCAAUACGAAUUGGUGCAUCUUGAUCCUGCCUCAAAGCAUGACAUUCAAAUUAUUUUUACUUUAUUUACAGUAAGCAAAUAUUUGUUGUGUUUUAAUUAUUUAUUUUUAAUAAAGCUAAAGUAAACAUGAAGCCAUAAUGAAAUUAAUAUGAAGAACUGUUGCUGUCCUUGUAGCAUUUUAGUUUUCUGUUACAAUCAAAAUAAAAUAAAAAACUGAAACCUCGUGUUUAACUGCAUGUCAACAAUUACAUGUUUGAUCUACUGAUGUGCAAGCUUGGAGUUUAUAAUUUUGUUUUUAAUUAUAUCAUUUGAAAUACAUGUUACAGAUAACAUACAAAGAAUAACGUUUAUUUAUUUGCAUUUAACAUGGAUAUUUUGUGAAUUAAGUACAUGCCUAUAUGUAACAAGUAACAAUAAAUGUCCUUUUAUAAA